CAUUCCACGUGGACUUUCAUUCCCUGAAUGUUUCUUCUUCGACUUCUUCUUCGAUUUCUUCUCGUCGUGUGUCCACAAAGGUAAAAAGGUUCUCUCUUUCAGCUGGGUUUAUUCAUUUCAUCCAAUACCCUCCAAAAUUUUCAUCACCUACAGUCUCAUCCUUUGAUAACAGCAGUUCACUUUUAUCCCUUUUUAAAUCUCUAUCUGCUGUAUCGAUUCAAAUUCAAUUGCCUCAUUCUUGUUUGAUUGGCUCCAAUUUGAUUUUUUGCUGUCUUCUUACAUUACCCUUUUGUGUUGAGAAUCAAAUUGGGAUUUUAGCUACAGCAAGAGUGAUAAUUUCUGUGUGAUGGAUAACUAUGGAUCAUCUUCUCCAUACCGGUAUCCAAGCCCAUAUGGGUACCCUCCCAACCCUCAUCAACCAUACCCUCCUCCUCCAGUUUCAGCUCCUGAUCCAUACGCACAAGCUCCUUAUCCUUCAUAUCCUUACCUUUCUUCACAUUCCUUCAACUAUUCUCACCAUGGACCUCCUAGACCUUCCUCACAUUCUGGCCAUUUUGAGUAUUCUUAUCCUCCUAACGCCAUGGAUUUUUCUCACCCUCCUCCAACAUCUUAUGCUCCUCCUCCCACUUAUCCUUAUCCCUACCAUGUGCCUCCACCAAAUCAUGGCUCUCCCAGGCCUCCCCUUUUUCACCAGCCCAGUUACCAAUAUGGUUCACCUCAAUACUAUUAUCCACCAAAGGAGGCCUAUUCGCCGCCUCCUGAUAUCCAUUCCGGCACCAAUAGCUUCUCUAGUCCUUAUUGGCCGGAUAAUACAAGCACUGCUGAAGGAGGUAAAGUGUCACAAAGUAGUGACAAUUCCAUUUCCACGCAUUCUCAGGGUUCUUCUUACCCAGCUUUGGAUGAUCUUAUGAGCAAUGUUAGGUUGUCUGAUGGCAAACCAACUGCUCCUGCAUCACCUCCUGCGCCUGCAGGGCAUCCGCUUAUGCAUUCCAUUUCAGUUCCUAAGCUGCAACAGAAGAAGGAUGAGUUUUAUGGAUAUUCUAAUAACUCCUUCUCUGGGUGGGGAUCCUCCUAUCCCACUCGGAUGAAUUCUUCUAGCCUUUCAGAUUUUUCUGGCUCAUUUAAUGAAUCAGUGUAUGGUGAGCGUUUGCAGAUUGUUCCAGUGCAGAAUAAAGGGUCCUUGAGAGUUUUGCUCCUCCAUGGAAAUUUAGAUAUAUGGGUCCAUGAAGCCAAGAAUCUUCCAAAUAUGGAUAUGUUUCACAAAACUUUAGGUGAUGUGUUUGGUAAAUUGCCUGGUGGUGUGAGCAAUAAAAUUGAAGGAACUAUGAAUAAGAAGAUUACCAGUGAUCCUUAUGUAUCGAUUUUAGUAUCCAAUGCUGUAAUUGGGAGGACUUAUGUCAUUAGCAACUCUGAAAACCCUGUUUGGUGGCAACAUUUCUAUGUUCCUGUUGCACAUCAUGCUGCAGAAGUACACUUUCUUGUUAAAGACAGUGAUGUCGUGGGUUCACAGCUCAUUGGCAUUGUGGCAAUUCCAGUGGAGCGAAUAUACUCAGGAGAAACAGUUGAAGGAUUUUUCCCUAUCCUGAAUAGUAAUGGGAAGCCAUGUAAGCAAGAUGCUGUCCUGAAGCUAUCCAUUCAGUACAUUCCUAUGGAGAAACUGAGCAUUUAUCACAAAGGAGUUGGAGCAGGGCCUGAAUACGUGGGGGUUCCUGGAACAUAUUUUCCUUUGAGGAAAGGUGGAACUGUUUCUCUGUAUCAAGAUGCUCAUGUUCCAGAUGGAAGCCUCCCUAAUGUGUUGCUUGACAGUGGGAUGUACUAUGCGCAUGGAAAGUGUUGGCAAGAUAUCUUUGACGCCAUAAGUCAAGCUCGGCGUUUGAUUUAUAUUACAGGUUGGUCAGUGUGGCACAAAGUAAGGUUGAUUAGGAAUGCUGCUGGUUAUUCUCCAGAUUACACCUUAGGUGAUCUUCUGAGGUCAAAGUCACAGGAAGGAGUAAGAGUGCUUCUGCUUAUCUGGGAUGAUCCUACAUCAAGAAGCAUUUUAGGUUAUAAAACAGAUGGUGUCAUGGCAACUCAUGAUGAGGAAACUCGACGAUUUUUCAAGCACUCUUCAGUGCAAGUGCUUCUUUGUCCUCGCAGUGGUAAACGACAUAGCUGGAUCAAGCAAAAGGAAGUUGGAACGAUAUAUACACAUCAUCAGAAAACUGUUAUUGUGGAUGCUGAUGCUGGAAGUAAUAGAAGAAAAGUGAUAGCAUUUGUUGGUGGACUUGAUUUGUGUGACGGGCGAUAUGAUACUCCCCACCACCCUAUUUUUAGAACAUUGAAUACAGAUCAUAAGGAUGACUACCACAACCCCACUUUCACGGGUAAUGUUGGUGGUUGUCCUCGGGAGCCAUGGCAUGAUUUACAUUCUAAAAUUGAUGGUCCAGCGGCAUAUGAUGUUUUAACUAACUUUGAGGAGCGCUGGUUAAAAGCUUCAAAACCUCACGGGAUUAAAAAGUUGACCACUUCAUACGAUGAUGCUUUGCUAAGGUUGGAAAGAAUUCCAGAUUUUAUUGGCAUCAAUGAUGCUCCAAGUGUUGGUGAAGAUGAUCCUGAAGUUUGGCAUGUUCAGAUAUUUCGUUCAAUUGAUUCAAAUUCGGUUAAGGGAUUUCCGAAGGAUCCAAAAAAUGCAACAAGCAAGAAUCUAGUAUGUGGAAAGAAUGUGCUGAUUGACAUGAGCAUACAUACAGCAUAUAUUAAGGCCAUUCGUGCUGCACAACAUUACAUUUAUAUAGAGAAUCAAUAUUUUAUCGGCUCUUCAUACAAUUGGAGUCAACAUAAAGACCUUGGUGCUGAUAACUUAAUCCCAAUGGAAAUUGCUCUAAAGAUUACUGAAAAGAUAAAAGCACAUGAAAGAUUUGCAGUGUAUAUUGUUAUUCCCAUGUGGCCGGAAGGAGUUCCAACAGGGGCUGCAACGCAAAGGAUUCUAUUUUGGCAGAAUAAAACAAUGCAAAUGAUGUAUGAGACCAUUUACAAGGCUUUGGUUGAAGCAGGGCUUGAAGCAGCAUUUUCUCCACAAGAUUAUUUGAACUUUUUCUGUCUUGGUAAUCGAGAGGCCAUCAGUAUGUAUGAUAAUGUUGGUGUGACAGGAUCUCCUCCCCCAGCAAAUAGUCCUCAAGUGGCUAGCCGAAAUAGCCGACGUUUCAUGAUUUAUGUUCACUCAAAAGGCAUGAUAGUUGAUGAUGAAUAUGUGAUAUUGGGGUCUGCAAACAUUAACCAGCGCUCCAUGGAAGGAACAAGGGACAGUGAGAUUGCAAUGGGCGCCUAUCAACCUCAUUAUACAUGGACAAAAGCACAAACUUAUCCACACGGUCAAAUCCAUGGAUAUAGGAUGUCCCUUUGGGCAGAACAUACAGGAACAAUUGAGGACUGCUUCUUGCAACCUGAGAGUCUUGAAUGUGUAUCUAGGAUUAGAGCAAUGGGAGAAAUGAACUGGAAACAAUUUGCAGCAGAUGAAGUAACAGAGAUGAGAGGGCAUCUACUGAAAUACCCUGUAGAAGUUGAUAGAAAGGGCAAGGUUAGAUCACUACCAGACCAAGAAGAGUUCCCUGAUGUCGGAGGAAAAAUAGUUGGAUCUUUUCUUGCCAUGAAGGAGAAUCUAACCAUUUGAUGAAUCCAUUGGUUUUAGUUUUUCACAUUUUGCUAGCCAAUAGGAUAAGAUGUGUGUAAAUUACAACGUGGAAACAAUUUUUGAAAUUUAUGAUAGAGGAAGAAACAAAUACCAUUACCAACCCAAAAUCCAACUAAAUAAAGACAUCAUACUUGUACAAAGAUCAGGGAAAGGUGUGUGGAAAAAUGUUAUAGUUACUGUGAUUUUUCAGGGA